UUUCCAAAGUUUGCAGAAAUUGUUACCCUCACUCUUAAUGAUGGUUCAAAGAGAAGUGGUCAGGUCUUGGAAGUCAGUGGUUCUAAAGCAGUUGUCCAGGUAUUUGAAGGAACAUCUGGUAUUGAUGCUAAGAACACAACUUGUGAAUUCACUGGUGAUAUUCUUAGGACCCCAGUGUCUGAAGACAUGUUAGGCAGGGUAUUUAAUGGUUCUGGUAAAGCUAUUGACAAAGGACCAGCGGUCUUAGCUGAAGACUAUCUAGAUAUCCAAGGUCAACCCAUUAACCCAUGGUCUAGAAUUUACCCAGAAGAAAUGAUCCAAACAGGAAUAUCAGCUAUUGAUACCAUGAACAGCAUUGCUCGUGGUCAGAAAAUUCCAAUCUUUUCAGCAGCAGGUCUACCACAUAACGAGAUUGCUGCUCAGAUUUGCCGUCAAGCUGGACUCGUAAAGUUUAAGAAAGGAGUCCUUGAUGAUCAUGAAGAUAAUUUUGCUAUUGUCUUUGCUGCUAUGGGCGCCAACAUGGAAACUGCUCGAUUCUUCAAGCAAGAUUUUGAAGAAAAUGGCUCAAUGGAAAAUGUGUGUCUUUUCUUGAAUCUUGCUAAUGAUCCAACAAUUGAACGUAUUAUUACCCCUCGUCUGGCACUAACAACAGCAGAGUUCAUGGCAUAUCAGUGUGAAAAACAUGUGUUAGUUAUACUGACGGACAUGAGUUCAUACGCAGAAGCUUUGAGAGAGGUGUCUGCGGCUCGUGAGGAGGUACCUGGUCGUCGUGGUUUCCCAGGUUACAUGUACACUGAUUUGGCUACAAUAUAUGAGAGAGCUGGCCGUGUGGAGGGCCGUAAUGGUUCCAUCACUCAAAUUCCUAUUUUAACUAUGCCUAACGAUGAUAUCACUCAUCCCAUUCCUGAUCUGACUGGAUAUAUCACUGAAGGUCAAGUGUAUGUCGACAGACAGUUACACAAUCGACAGGUCUAUCCCCCAAUCAAUGUACUACCAUCAUUGUCAAGAUUAAUGAAGUCUGCUAUUGGUGAAGGAAUGACCAGAAAGGACCAUUCUGAUGUUUCAAAUCAAUUGUAUGCCAACUAUGCCAUUGGCAAAGAUGUGCAAGCGAUGAAGGCUGUGGUAGGAGAGGAGGCCCUGACCUCCGAGGACUUGCUCUAUUUGGAGUUCCUUGGAAAGUUUGAGAAGAAUUUCAUAUCUCAAGGGACUUAUGAAAACAGGACAGUCUUUGAAUCACUGGAUAUUGGGUGGUCACUACUACGAAUCUUCCCUAAAGAGAUGCUUAAGAGAAUCCCACAAAGCACCUUAGCUGAGUUCUAUCCAAGAGACUCUAAACACUAAUAAUUAAUAAUCAAAUUCUACUUUAACGCGCUAGCUUAUAACCCAGGGUACCCUUGCAUUACUCAAUAGCAUUACUACAUGUACCUUUAGUACUGGUAAAAUUGUUUAUAUAAUUUCCUUAUUACCAUUCCUAACAACAGAAUAUCAUUAGUGCCAAGUUAAUGAAACAUUGAACCAUUUCAAAAUUAUUUUUGUUACAAAACUAGCAGGAAAAUACAAAAGAAAUGGUACACAUUCCACUGAGAAAAAGUGUUAUUUCUUUUCUUAUUUUCCUGUAAUCUUGCUUUUUGAAUGAGUUUUUAUGACAAAAAGUUUCACUCGUCUUUUUCAUUUCAUCAUCCAAAAUAGCAGCUGUGGAAGCAAUUGUACUCAUAAAUAUUCUACUUUCAGGUUUGCUUAAUAAUUUACUAAGGAUGAUGUAAGGUUUGGAUUUCAGAUGUUUGAGUGCAUGCCCUUCAUUACGAUUUCUAGAGAUUAACACAGCAUAAUCUACAAAACUUAUAGGGGGAAAAUACAUAGGAUACAAAUAGUGACACUGAAUAUUAAAAUUUCAAUUUUGAUGUG